AUGGCGGGAUUUGCGGCAACUGCCGCUACACGAAUCGAGAUCACUGUACCUUACGGUGGCAUGGCGAGGGCAGUUCGCAGUCCGCAGUCCAGCGCCAUUGUCAUUGACGAUGAGCCGCAAUUCAAUCCAUUUGACUCGUCUCCGCCGUGCGCACAGCCUUUUACCAAUGGAAACUUAACACCGAACUAUUCACUCCUCGCCCAAACGAACGCUAUUGUCGUUGAUGAGGAGCUCCGGUAUAGUUCUCUUGGCUCGUCUCCGCCAAUCGCUCACCCCUUUGCGUCUACUCUCAAUGCCCCGGAAAUCUCUCCUUUCCGCCAUGUUAGUGGCCCACCUCGGUUCUCGUACGCCAUUACCGUUGAGGUACCGCUCCCGGGAUCGAUUGAAGAGAAAGCUGGAGGCUCGACCUUCAACGCGAUAUCUAUUACUGCGGAAUCUGAUACGGAAAUGGACAUGGCUGACUGUGAAGAUGAUGAGGAUACGGACAUGAACUUUGAUGAAGACUACGAUACUAACUUUAUGCAACGUUCUUCAUCUGAGGAGGAGGAAGCUUGCGAUCGGUAG